AUGUCCCUGGCCAACUUUAAUUGGCUAUUGGACGAACUCCAGCAAGACUUGAAGGGACGUGGAGAGCCACUAUCUGUAGAAGCCCAAGUUGCCAUAGGACUCUACCGCCUGGGUCAUGGAGUUAGCUAUGUGACAAUGGGCCAUGUUUUCAAUGUAGGCAAGGAGACAGCUGACAAAGCCUUGGGAUGCUUUGGAAAUGCAGUCCUCAAAGUGUUGAGGAUGGCAGUUGGAUCUGAAACUGACAGCCCCCCUGCCUCUGCUCUCAAGUUAUGCGCCACUGGAUAG